AGGUCGCAGCAGUGGCAAAGGACCGCCUCAGCCUACAAUUUCUUUUGAUGGCAUCUAUGCAAACAUGAGAAUGGUUCACAUACUUACUUCAGUUGUUGGAUCCAAAUGUGAAGUACAGGUGAAAAAUGGUGGUAUAUAUGAAGGAGUUUUUAAAACCUACAGUCCUAAGUGUGAUUUAGUGCUUGAUGCUGCUCAUCGGAAAACUGCAGAAUCCAGUCUGGGGCCAAAACGUGAAGACAUACUGGAGAGUAUCUUGUUCAAGUCUUCAGACUUUGUUAUGGUGCAUUUUAAGGAUAUGGAUACCAAUUACGCAAGAAGAGAUGCUUUUACUGACUCAGCCAUCAGUGCUAAAGUAAAUGGAGAACACAAGGAAAAGGAUCUUGAACCGUGGGAUGGAGGAGAGACCACCGCUUCUGAGGAGCUUGAGGCAUUAGAGACAGAUGUUUCUAAUGGAUGGGAUCCCAAUGACAUGUUUCGUUACAAUGAAGAAAAUUAUGGUGUAGUAUCAACUUAUGACAGCAGUUUAUCUUCUUAUACGGUGCCAUUAGAAAGAGAUAAUUCAGAAGAGUUUUUAAAACGGGAAGCCAGAGCAACUCAAUUAGCAGAGGAAAUUGAAUCAAGUGCCCAAUACAAAGCUCGGGUUGCCUUGGAAAAUGAUGAAAGAACAGAAGAAGAAAAAUAUACUGCUGUUCAGAGAAAUGCUAAUGAACGAGAAGGACAUGGUGUGAACACUAGAGAAAAUAAAUACAUUCCGCCUGGACAGAGGAAUAGAGAUGUCCUGUCCUGGGGAAGUGGCAGACAAAACUCACCGAGGAUGGGCCAGUCCGGAUCAGGCCCCCCAAUUUCGAGAUCUGGAUCCCAUACUUCCGAAUUCAGCCCUAACUCUGGAGCGGAUCAAAGAGUAGUUAACGGAGGGCCUCCACGGAUGUCUCCUAAGGCACAACGGCACCCUCGAGGUCACAGAGUCUCUACUGGUAGGGGUACAAUUUCAAGUGGCUUAGAAUUUGUGUCUCAUAAUGCACCAGGGGAAGCAUCUUCUACUGCAGUGGCACGAGGCAGCCCUUCAGGUGGGACGUGGUCAUCAGUUGUCAGUGGGGUUCCGAGAUUAUCCCCCAAAACACACAGGCCUAGGUCUCCGCGGCAGAGCAGCACCCCCACGGGCCCGGCUCUGCCCUCUCCUCAGCCCGGGGCUAUUCCCACUGAGUCUGUGGCCAUGCCUGUUCCAGCUGCCUCUCCCACCCCUGCCAGCCCUGCCUCCAACAGAGCAGUUACCCCUUCCAGUGAAGCUAAAGAUACUAGGCUUCAGGACCAGAGGCAAAAUUCUGCAACCGGAAACAAGGAGAAUAUAAAGCCAAGUGAGACUUCUCCUAGUUUUCCUAAACCUGAAAACAAAGGUGUAUCUCCGAUUGUUUCAGAACAUAGAAAACAGAUUGAUGAUUUAAAGAAAUUUAAGAAUGACUUUAGGUUACAGUCGAGUUCCUCUUCAGAUGCAGUGGAUCAGCUGCUAAACAAAACCCGAGAAGGUGAAAAAUCAAGAGAUGUAGUUAAAGACAAGACAGAAUCAACCCCUAAAGAGUCUAUCAUAGAAACUGGCAGUAAUACUAACUCUAAUGGUGGCAGUAGCAAACCUAAUAGUCCAAGUAUUUCUCCUUCGAUCAGUAAUAGUUCUGAGCAAAAGCGAGGGCCUGAGGUCACUUCGCAAGGUGUACAGACAUCUGGGCCUGGAAGUAAACAAGAUAAAGAGGAUAAAGAGGAGAAGAAGGAUACUUCUGAGCAAGUUAGAAAAUCAACACUUAAUCCUAAUGCGAAAGAGUUCAACCCUCGAUCUUUUGCUCAACCGAAACCUUCUACUACACCGACCUCCCCUCGUCCGCAAGCUCAGCCCAGCCCCUCCAUGGUGGGUCAUCAGCAGCCAACCCCAGUGUACACUCAGCCUGUUUGUUUUGCACCAAAUAUGAUGUACCCGGUUCCAGUGAGUCCAGGCGUGCAGCCUUUGUAUCCUAUUCCCAUGACGCCCAUGCCAGUGAACCAAGCCAAGACAUAUAGAGCAGGUAAAGUACCAAAUAUGCCGCAGCAACGGCAAGACCAACAUCAUCAGAGCACCAUGAUGCAUCCUGCCUCAGCCGCAGGCCCUCCGAUUGUAGCUACGCCACCUGCUUAUUCGACACAAUAUGUUGCAUAUAGUCCCCAACAGUUUCCUAAUCAGCCUCUUGUGCAGCAUGUGCCACACUACCAAUCUCAGCAUCCUCAUGUUUAUAGCCCUGUAAUACAGGGCAACGCUAGGAUGAUGGCACCACCAACACACGCACAGCCUGGUUUAGUAUCUUCUUCUGCAACACAGUAUGGUGCGCAUGAACAGACGCAUGCUAUGUAUGUUUCCACUGGCUCACUUGCUCAGCAGUAUGCCCACCCUAAUGCUACCCUGCAUCCACAUCCUCCGCAUCCUCAGCCGUCUGCCACGCCAACUGGCCAGCAGCAAAGCCAACAUGCUGGAAGCCACCCUGCUCCUAGCCCCGUGCAGCAUCAUCAGCACCAGGCUGCUCAGGCACUCCACCUGGCAAACCCACAGCAGCAGUCGGCAAUUUACCACGCAGGUCUAGCUCCAACCCCUCCUUCCAUGACGCCAGGCUCCAACACGCAGUCUCCACAAAAUAGUUUUCCUACAGCACAACAAACAGUCUUCACCAUUCAUCCCUCCCAUGUUCAACCUGCAUAUACCAAUCCGCCACAUAUGGCCCAUGUCCCCCAGGCUCAUGUACAGUCAGGAAUGGUUCCUUCUCACCCAACUGCCCAUGCUCCAAUGAUGCUAAUGACGACACAGCCACCUGGUGGUCCCCAAGCCGCCAUCGCUCAAAGUGCACUACAGCCCAUUCCAGUCUCGACAACAACACAUUUCCCCUAUAUGACGCACCCUUCAGUACAAGCCCACCACCAACAGCAGUUGUAAGGCUCAUCUGGAAUAACUGAAAGGCUGGAUACCUUUUGUAGGCCAAAUACCCUCCUUCUACUGCUUCUGCCAACUGGAAGCACAGAAAACUAGAAUUUCAUUUUAUUUUGUUUAAAAAAAAAAAAAAAGAUUGAUUUCUUGUAACAUCCACUAGGAAUGCUAACAGUUCAUCUUGCAGUGGGAGAGAUUCGGACUGAGUAGAGGCAUUUAGGAACUUGUGGGCUAUUCCAUAAUUCCAUGCACUGUAUCUGAGUCCUGCAAGUGCCCCAACUCUGCUUGCUGAAAACUGGAAGUUAUUUAUUUUUUAAUGACCCUUCAAAGUUACGAACUCAUCAGCUAGCAAAAGAAGUAACAAGAGUGAUUCUUGCUGCUAUUCUCACUAAAAAUCAAGACUUGGAGAUCCCUUUUACUUCUAACUAAACUUGAAACAGGUUCAGUAAAAAAAAAAAACCAACAAAUUCUAAUCGUCAAACUGAUGAAUUAUUAUUUAUAAAUCACGUUUGAUGAGAUAAUCACUAUCGUGAGACAGUGAUGUAACUUUUAAGUUAAGAAAACUUUUACUUUGUAGAUAAUAUAAAAUAAAAACUUAAAAAAAAAAUUAAAAAAUAAAAAAAGUUUUAAAAACUGA